UCGCCCGCAGCCCCCUCCCGCCCGGUCAGCCCCGAAGAGUUGCCCGGUGGCCGCGGCAGACGGAAGCCGAGCGAGGGCCUCGGCAACGGCAGGAUGGGGGACUCCAAAGUGAAAGUGGCCGUCCGGAUCCGGCCCAUGAACCGAAGAGAAAUUGACUUGCAUACCAAAUGUGUGGUGGAUGUAGAUGCAAACAAGGUUAUUCUUAAUCCUGUAAAUACUAAUCUUUCCAAAGGAGACGCCCGAAGUCAGCCAAAGGUGUUUGCAUAUGAUCAUUGUUUCUGGUCUAUGGAUGAAUCUGUCAGAGAAAAGUAUUCAGGUCAAGAUGAUGUUUUCAGGUGCCUUGGGGAGAAUAUCCUUCAGAAUGCUUUUGACGGCUACAAUGCGUGUAUCUUUGCUUAUGGACAGACUGGAUCUGGAAAAUCUUACACCAUGAUGGGCACCGCAGACCAACCUGGAUUAAUCCCAAGACUUUGCAGUGGGCUCUUUGAACGAACCCAGAAAGAGGAAAAUGAAGAGCAGAGUUUUAAAGUAGAAGUGUCCUAUAUGGAAAUUUAUAAUGAAAAAGUUAGAGACCUUCUUGAUCCCAAAGGAAGCCGUCAAACAUUAAAAGUCAGAGAGCACAGUGUGUUGGGACCCUAUGUCGAUGGACUUUCUAAACUGGCUGUCACAAGCUACAAGGAUAUUGAGUCUCUGAUGUCUGAGGGUAACAAGUCUCGUACCGUCGCUGCCACCAACAUGAACGAGGAGAGCAGCCGAUCCCACGCGGUCUUCAAAAUCACCCUCACACAUACUUUAUACGACGUGAGGUCUGGGACCUCUGGAGAGAAAGUGGGCAAACUGAGCUUGGUGGACUUGGCCGGCAGCGAGCGAGCCACGAAGACGGGGGCGGCGGGGGACCGGCUGAAGGAGGGGAGCAACAUCAACAAGUCCCUCACAACCCUCGGUCUGGUUAUCUCAGCCCUGGCGGAUCAGGGUGCUGGCAAAAACAAGAAUAAAUUUGUUCCAUAUCGUGACUCCGUUCUCACUUGGCUGCUCAAAGACAGUCUUGGGGGUAACAGCAAGACUGCCAUGGUAGCUACUGUGAGUCCGGCAGCCGACAACUAUGACGAAACCCUUUCAACCCUGCGGUAUGCAGAUCGCGCCAAGCACAUCGUGAACCACGCAGUGGUGAACGAGGAUCCCAAUGCACGGAUUAUCCGGGAUCUCCGCGAAGAAGUAGAAAAGCUGCGCGAGCAGCUGACCAAAGCAGAGGCAAUGCAAUCUCCAGAGCUGAAAGACCGGCUAGAAGAAUCAGAGAAGCUCAUCCAGGAGAUGACUGUGACCUGGGAGGAGAAAUUGAGGAAAACUGAGGAGAUCGCUCAGGAGCGACAGAAACAGCUUGAGAGUCUUGGAAUAUCUCUUCAGUCUUCGGGAAUUAAAGUUGGGGAUGAUAAAUGUUUCCUUGUUAACCUGAAUGCUGAUCCUGCUCUGAAUGAACUCCUGGUUUACUACCUAAAGGAGCAUACAUUGAUAGGUUCAGCAAAUUCCCAAGAUAUCCAGCUGUGUGGAAUGGGAAUUCUUCCCGAACAUUGUAUCAUAGACAUCACGUCAGAAGGCCAGGUUAUGCUGACUCCUCAGAAGAAUACCAGAACAUUUGUAAAUGGCUCUUCUGUAUCCAGUCCUAUUCAGCUGCACCACGGGGACAGGAUAUUAUGGGGAAACAACCACUUCUUCAGACUUAAUUUGCCUAAAAAGAAAAAGAAAGCAGAUCGAGAGGAUGAGGAGCAAGACACAUCCAUGAAGAAUGAUACCAGUUCUGAGCAGCUGGAUGUAGAUGGAGACUCUUCCAGUGAGGUAUCCAGUGAGAUCAACUUCAAUUAUGAGUAUGCACAGAUGGAGGUAACCAUGAAGGCUCUGGGCAGUAAUGAUCCAAUGCAGUCCAUACUGAACAGCCUGGAACAGCAGCACGAAGAGGAGAAACGGUCCGCGCUGGAGCGCCAGCGGCUCAUGUAUGAGCACGAGCUGGAGCAGCUGCGGCGGCGGCUGUCUCCUGAGAAGCAGAACUGCCGGAGCGCAGACAGGUUUUCUUUCCACUCACCCAGCGCUCAGCAGCGACUGAGACAGUGGGCUGAAGAGAGAGAAGCAACACUGAAUAAUAGCCUGAUGAGGUUGAGGGAACAGAUCGUCAAAGCCAAUCUGUUGGUGAGAGAAGCCAGUUACAUCGCAGAAGAGCUGGAUAAAAGAACAGAGUAUAAAGUAACCCUACAGAUUCCAGCCUCCAGCCUCGAUGCCAACAGGAAGCGAGGCUCUCUCCUUAGUGAACCUGCAAUCCAGGUGAGAAGAAAAGGGAAAGGAAAGCAGAUUUGGUCUUUGGAAAAACUGGACAACAGAUUGUUGGAUAUGAGAGACCUUUAUCAGGAGUGGAAAGAGUGUGAAGAAGAUACCCCAGUGAUCCGGUCUUACUUCAAGCGUGCAGAUCCGUUCUUUGAUGAGCAGGAAAACCACAGUCUCAUCGGGGUGGCUAAUGUCUUCCUCGAGUCCCUCUUCUAUGAUGUGAAGCUACAGUAUGCUGUUCCAAUCGUCAACCAGAAGGGAGAGGUGGCAGGCCGGCUACACGUGGAGGUGAUGCGUAUCAGCGGUGACAUCGGGGAAAGAAUUGCUGGAGGUGACGAUGCCGCCGAUGUCUCCUUUGAGAAGGAGACCCAGGACAACAAGCUUGUAUGCAUGGUUAAAAUACUCCAAGCUACUGGAUUGCCACAGCAUCUGUCCCACUUCGUGUUCUGCAAAUACGAUUUCUGGGAUCAGCAGGAGCCAGUAAUUGUCGCACCUGAGGUGGACACUUCAUCCUCUCCUGUCAGCAAGGAGCCGCAAUGCAUGGUUGUCUUUGAUCAUUGUAACGAGUUUUCUGUUAGCAUCACUGAAGACUUUAUCGAGCAUCUUUCGGAAGGGGCAUUGGCAAUUGAAAUCUAUGGCCAUAAAAUGAACGAUCCUCGGAAAAACCCAGCCCUAUGGGAUUUGGGGAUUAUCCAAGCAAAAACACGGAGUCUUCGGGAUAGAUGGAGCGAAGUCACCAGGAAAGUGGAAUUCUGGGUUCAAAUCUUGGAACAGAACGAGAAUGGUGAAUACUGCCCCGUAGAGGUAAUUUCUGCAAAGGACGUGCCAACGGGAGGAAUCUUCCAACUCCGGCAGGGGCAGUCCCGGCGAGUCCAAGUAGAAGUGAAGUCUGUGCAGGAAUCUGGGACUUUACCGCUGAUGGAAGAGUGUAUAUUGUCUGUUGGCAUUGGAUGUGUAAAAGUCAGAGCUCCUAGAUCGCCCAAGACUCAUGAGACCUUCCAUGAGGAAGAGGAGGACAUGGACAGCUACCAGGAUCGGGAUUUAGAGAGACUGCGUAGAAAAUGGCUAAAUGCGUUAACAAAACGUCAGGAGUACUUAGACCAACAGCUGCAGAAGCUUGUCAGUAAACAUGAUAAGACAGAGGAUGACGCUGACCGAGAAGCUCAGCUUCUGGAGAUGAGGUUGACUCUGACGGAGGAGAGGAACGCAGUCAUGGUCCCCUCUGCCGGCAGUGGGAUCCCAGGGGCCCCCGCGGAGUGGACCCCGGUUCCUGGGAUGGAAACACACAUUCCUGUUAUCUUCCUUGACCUAAAUGCUGAUGAUUUCAGCUCCCAGGAUAACCUUGAUGACCCAGAAGCUGGUGGAUGGGAUGCUACCCUGACUGGGGAAGAAGAGGACGAGUUCUUUGAACUGCAGAUUGUCAGACAGCACGACGGAGAGGUAAAAGCAGAAGCCUCCUGGGACUCUGCGGUGCACAGCUGCCCGCAGCUCAGUAAGGGCACGCCUGCAGACGAGCGCGUGUUCCUGAUCGUGCGGGUGACAGUCCAGCUCAGCCACCCGGCCGACAUGCAGUUGGUGUUACGCAAACGCAUUUGUGUCAACGUUCAUGGCCGGCAGGGUUUUGCUCAGAGUUUCCUAAAAAAGAUGUCACAUCGAAGUUCUAUUCCAGGCUGUGGAGUGACUUUUGAAAUUGUCUCCAACAUUCCAGAGGAUGCCCAGGGAGUAGAGGAACGAGAAACAUUAGCAAGAAUGGCAGCUAAUGUUGAAAACACGGCUUCUGCUGACUCAGAGGCUUACAUUGAGAAAUACCUCAGGAGCGUGCUGGCGGUAGAGAACCUUCUCACUUUGGAUCGUCUUCGCCAGGAGGUCGCCGUGAAGGAACAGCUGACGGGAAGAGGGAAGCUGGGCAAGAGGAGUCUUAGCUCUCCGAAUGUGAACAGGUUGUCGGGCAGCCGACAGGAUCUUAUUCCAUCGUACAGUCUAGGUAGCAACAAGGGCCGGUGGGAAAGUCAGCAGGAUGUAUCGCAAACUGGAGUUUCUAGAGGAAUAGCUCCGGCUGCCCCUUCCCUCCCUGGUUGUCCGCAAAAUAACCAUUCUCCCGAUCCGGGACUUGGUAGCCUCGCCGCCUCCUACUUGAACCCAGUAAGAUCCUUUGUGCCGCAGAUGCCGAAGCUGCUGAAGUCUCUCUUCCCCGUCCGCGACGAGAAAAGGGGCAAGCAGCCGUCCGCCCGUGCGCAUCAGCCCGUGCCCCGGAUCACCGUGCAGUCUGCCCUCCCGGAAGUCCGGGCACCCAGGAUGGCGGAGGCUCGGCGAGAGAGCGCGGGGCUGCGCAUGGCCCCCGCCCCAGCCAUGCCGGCCGCCCCUGCGCCCAAGACCUGUGAUGGGCCCCCGAGAGUGGCGCCCGGCUCCCCGGGCCCUGAAGGUGCGGACGGGCCACCCAGCCCCCUGAGCGAAGCAUCCAGCGGCUACUUCUCGCACAGUGUCUCCAGCGCCACCCUAUCUGAUGCCUGCGGCCCCGGCCUGGAUGCUACGGCCUCGCCCCCUCCCGGGCCCUGCCCAGCCACCCCUGAGCCCGAGCCCCUGGCCCCACCGGCUGCCCAGUUCCCAUCACUGCCCGACCGUGCAGAGCAGACGGCCCCAGGCGACGGCGCGGCCGCGGCCCAGGAAGGGGCUUCCGCGGAGAAGCGGGACGGAGCAGCAGGCACGUGCCUGCAGGGCCAGCAGAGCUGGGGCGCCGGUGCCUCUGCCCUCCAGCAGCCGGGAAGCCCCCAGCCCCAGGCGAAGGCAGCCGCCAGCUCAGAGCCCGACGUCUCCAAGCCACAGCUGCCCCCUGAUGCCCGGCCCCUGCCACCCGCUCCGGCGUCUCCGUUCAGGAUCCAUAAGGUGCGGACCUCUGAGCUGAAGUCGUUCACACGCAUGCUUGGUGGGGACCCCGGCGGCCCCUCGGGGACCGAGGAGGACCCGCUGGCCUCAGGAGGCCUGGGCAACGGCAGUGCUGGGGGACAGGCCCUGGGAAAGCUGGAAGUUUCCUCGGAUUCUGAAGAAGCCAGUGAAGUUCCAGAAUGGCUCAAAGAGGGAGAGUAUGUUACAGUGGGCACCAACAAGACGGGCAUCGUGAGAUACGUGGGGCCCACCGACUUUCAGGAGGGCACGUGGGUCGGAGUGGAGCUGGACUUACCUUCAGGUAAGAACGACGGCUCCAUCGGCGGGAAGCAGUACUUCAGGUGCAACCCCGGCUACGGGCUGCUGGUGAGGCCCGGCCGCGUGCGCAGGGCGGCGGGCGCGGGCCGGCGGCGCAGCGCGGGGCUCCGGCUGCAGGGCGCCCCCGAGCCCCGGCGCGGCGGCGGCGGCGGCGGCGGCGGCGGCCUCUCGGGCUCGGCCACCAACCUGGCCUCCCUGACGGCGGCUCUGGCCAAGGCUGAGGGCGCGGCGCUGCGGGCCGACCGCGGCUACAGGAGCCCCGAGAACCGCAAGUCCUGGGCCAGCUGAGCCCCUUCCCGGGCCUCGGCGGGGACAGGCCGGGCGGAGCUGGGGGCGCGGGGCCCCUCUCCCCUGGGAGCAAGCGGGCCAGGAAUGCUUUUUGCACGACGCGCACAUGGGGCUGGGGACCUCUCUCCCCCACAGAGCGGGGCGAGUCUUGGCCUGGUGGAAGGUUCUAGGAGCCAGGGUGGUCCCGGAUUGUGGGGAGUGAGGGUCCUGCGUCUCCCUGCCCCUGGGCCUGGGGCUUACCCCCUGGGCGCGGGGGCUGCUGUUUUCUGUCUGACAACCCCAUUAACCUCUUAACUUAAAACAUACUCGUAACUAGUGCCUUUCCGUCUCCACAGAAGGUGGGCUGCCUCCCUCUGCCCUCAGGGCCAGCACCCGAGUUCUGCCCCGAGUCCUGGCUUGCUCUCCAGGCUCAUGGCACCCCUGUCGCCCUGACCCCCACACUGAGCUCCAGCUCCUGCAAGUGCCUGGGGCCCUGGGCCUGACCCCCUCUGCCUCUCCCUUUUUCUUUCCACGGGGUUUCUUAGGUUUCUUUGUGGGUGUUUUAGCAUCUUUAUAUACGGCAGGUUUCUCUUUGCCAUUUGUUCCCUUAACAGAGGUCUUGGAAUAUAUUUAUUUAUAUUUAUUUUUUCAAAAUCUCAAAUCAUUUGCGAGCCACAAUCGUCCGCCUGGCACAAAUGCCCAGGGCCUGCCUUGCACGUCAACUGGCCUCUGUGGUCUCUUCGGAGCUGCCAGCCUCCUACUUCGGGCAGAGGUUCUGGAGGGGCCAGAGGACAGUGCCCCUCCUCGUGUCCUUUAAUGCAGAUACACACGUGGCCUUACUCUAAGCUAUAACGAAAACUUGGAGAAUUUUGUUGUGCUUUCGUAGUCAGUGACAAAGUCAGUCAGAGGCGUCACAGCCUCACUUGGUGCAAUUUUGGUUUUGGGGAGAUCCUUAGGCCUGUUCUGUGCCCUGACGCCCUGGCUCAGCGUGGGGCUGCAGCCCGGUAGAUGGGCCGUGGAGGGAGGGCUCCCCGCCCUGUUUUUAUCCCUGGGACUCUCGCAGAGCCACAGCCAGGCUGUCCUGGAUGGUGCCUGGUACAACAUGAAGCGUCCCAGAGCAUCACCCAGCUCCGUCAGGACCGCCCUGGUCCAGAGCCCUCCCUGCGGGCUCUUUGGGAGGGUCUGGAGGCUGGGAUACGGCCAGCAUCUCGCUCUCAGGGGGGCGAAGGGUUUCCAGGGAGGCACAGGGCGGGACUCCUGGUAUUGGGAGGUCGGUGCUCCUGGGAUUACCAAGGCGGUAGCCCAGUGACCUGGUGCCCACUAUUCACCGCCUUCCCUGCCUGUCACCUCAGGAGCCUCAAGGGCCUGUGCUAUGAGCAAGGGAUGGGGGACACCUGGCAGCUGGGGAUGGAAGUCCAGGGCUGGGGUUCACACACAGUGUUCUUGUCUGUCUCUCUUUAGUUCUCACGCUUAGGCUCUUAAAAGAGACAUCCAUCCAGAAAGCUUUUUCCAAAGAAAUUUCAGUUCUCUAGGAUGUGAUGACCGCCAGUCACUGUCACCGUGGGGACUGCUGGGUGGGACGGAGUCACCGGAGCUCACUGACCCCAGACCAGACCUGCACUGGCCGGAGCUGCCCUGGCCUGCACUUCCUCUCAUGCUGGCGGGAGGGCGAGGCUGGGAGUCUUGAGGUCUCACCCCUUGAUCUCAGCAAAUACUUGGGGUUUUGGAGCAGGAAGGCAUCUCACAGGGAACAGGCUAAAGCCGAGGAAAGUUCAGUGAUUUUUCCAGGGUACCGAGAAGCUCUGGCUUCUGACUCCCGGCCCAGGCUCUUUCCCUUGUCCCUGUUCUUCCCUGCUGGCCAGCGCGCAGUCUGCAGGUUUCAGCGACAGCCCGGUGCUCCCCUGCCACCAUCAGCUGCCCCAGCAGAAGGAUGGGUGGUUAGGGGCCCCCUGAGGGGCCAGUAGAGCACCCUUUCCUGUCCUCUGCUGCAUUUCUGGGAACACCUGCCAGGAGGGUGGCCCUGAACCCAGUGCUGUCACUGUGCCAGCUUCUCUACGUCACCUCCUUCCCAGCACAGAAGUGCUCUUGCAAAACUUGUUUUCAGUGUGAGAUUCUCCUCUGUGGACACCACCAUCGCAGUUUGGUCCCGACAGCAGCUCUUGCUCAUAUGGCCUCGGGUGACCUGCCCUGAGGCAGAAAGUUGUGCACCGAGCCCACCGGUAGACAUGGGAGGUGGUGUGGGUGUGUGUGAUCCUUAUAUAUGUAGCCAGGUACUUGUUGGGGCCCAUCUGCCCUGUAACGGGGCGUCGACAACCUCGCAGAACCAGCUUGGGUCGGGUGUGCGGGGUCACACUCCUUUGUCGUUGGGUUGAACCGAAUGGGAGAGGCCUCCAGGGGACCCGCCACCUGAGGGCCUGUGCUCGGAGCUGCGGGGAGCCCUGAGGGCCUUCGAUGAGACGUUCAGCCUUCGCAGCUACGUUGUCUGAAGAGCCCUCAGGGCCACCUUCUCCUCCUUGCAGCCUGGCCUCCGCCUCUCCCCAGGCCUGCUUUGUGAACAGCCCAGGUCCCUUCCCGGGAUUCCAGCAUCUCUGCCCCUGGGGAAGGCAUUUCCCUGCGCGCAGCCCUUGUUUCUCCGGGAGGACGGCACCCUAGCUGGUCUCAAGUCUGCAGCUCCCAGCUUGCCCAGGCUUUGAAUGCUGGUGGUGUGUGAGAGAGGAGAGGUCAUCCCCCUGGGUUCUCAGUGAGCUAUCCCCACGGCUGGAGGCCAGCACUGCUGUCGGGAGGCUGUGGCUGACCUGUCUCUCCAGACCCUGCUCUGGCCCCUCAGAUGUCCGAGACCCUCGAAGGCAGUGAGGUGGCCUCUGGAAGAACCAGGCGGGGCAUGGGGGCAGUGCUGGGUCCUUGCAGGGGUGCAGGGCCCACGUCCUGACCCUCCUGUCCUCUUGGUCCAGAUGUGCACAUCCCUUCGGGCCGGUGUUUGGAUGGGUGGACAGGGGAACCCGGGAUGUGCUGCCAUCAGCGGGGGUUGGGGGACCGUCCUCCAACUCGUAGGUGAUGAAGAAAGCCCAUCCUGCCCUGGGCUGCCGUGUCUCCUCUGGCUUCUCUUGCAGACUAAUAUUAGCUGUGAGUGGGAAAGCCGUGGACCAAGCAGCCCCCACACACCGAGGUUCUCGGGCGGAGGGUGCAGCUUGACAGGGUCUGGGCUGCCGGUGGCGGGGGGGCUCCCUUUCACCCACCUUCUGUUCUCGCCUUACUGACAGACAGACCUAAUUUUAAAUAAAUGUCAGCUUUAGGAUUUGAGAUGUGGCUUCUAGCAGGCCAGGCUCUGGGAUUUAACAUGACAGCAGGAAGAGGGUGGCUGUGUGGUCGCUGGGGCCGGUGAGGGACUGUCUGCGGCUCCAGGCUGCACGAGGUCAGGUCAGAGGCCAGCGGGAGCCCUCCUGGGCCUCUGCCUCCCACUCUGCACAUGCAGGGUUAUCCAGCCCAGACCCCAGGGGUCUGUGGGGGGCAGUGGGGGCGGCUGUCCCAGAUGCCCAGCCUGGCCAGAGGGAGCAGGAGGGCGAGAAAACCCGGCCCAUGGGUGUGGCUGUGGCCAGGCUGGGCCUGCGUGGUGGCCCCGGCGUGCUCAGUGAGGGAAUCAAGCUGUGAACCGGCCCCUUGAGUCUGAAAGGCUUAGGAGGUGUUCAGAGCCCUGUUGGUCCCUUACGUUUCCUCCUCUUAAAGUUCCCUGUAUGUGAAACUGACCAGGACGUCGCGGGUACCUGUUUUCCCAGCUGAUUAGCUGCACUUGCCCGAGGCCUGCCUGCGGCCCGCAUCUCACGUGCCAGCCAGCUCCCAGGCCUGGCUGCCCCUCUGUCUGUCCCGCCUCGCCUCCAGGACGGGUCGUGCAGCCCAAGACCCUGACUCCGUUGUCCCCACGCGCGUCUCUCUCUGAGGAGUCUGCGUGCCUUCUGCCGUGCUGCUGACGCUAAUUGUGCGGGGAGUCUUGGAACGUCUUCUGUGUGUGCGGAGUUCUGUAUGGUGGGUUCACGUAAAGAAGUGAUUCUGAUUGGGGGAGUGUAUUGAUUUGCUAUAUGUGAAAUGGGAGUUAAAUCCAAAGACUCUGUAAUGAAUUGUAAAGACUUAAUGAUUUGUACUGUAUAAUGAACUAAACUUCUGUAAUUUUGUACCAUAUAUGCCUUUCCGUCAUAUGACCAGCAGCCUCUAAAUAAAACCAGAUGAUUUCA